AUGAAGCUCCUCGCAGGGUUGUCGUUGCUAUCACUGAUUCCUUCUUCUCUAUCUCUUCCCUCUGCCCAGCACUAUGCCCGCAGCCAGGCCCAGGAUCCUCUCCUGAUCCAACUGAAGCCGCAGCAGACAACCACCAGAGAGCUCGUCUCCCUCGACGGCAUCUGGAAGUUUGCCCUAGGCGAGGACAACUCAACUGCAACUCCCUGGACAGCCCCCCUGCCAAAGGGACUGGAGUGCCCCGUCCCAGCUUCAUACAACGACAUCUUCACGGACAAGUCCAUCCACGACCACGUCGGCUGGGUCUACUACCAGCGCGAUGUAAUCGUCCCCCGGGGCUGGUCUGACCAGCGAUACCUGAUCCGCCUUGAAUCCGCAACGCACCACGGCCGCGUGUAUAUCAACGACAAGCUCGUCACCGAGCACCAGGGCGGAUACACCCCGUUCGAAGCAGACAUCACGACGCUCGUCCCUGCAGGCGAGAAAUUCCGCUUGACCAUCGGCGUCAACAACGAACUAACCCACGAAACAAUCCCACCAGGCAGCGUCGAAGUCUCAGAAUGGACCGGCAAGCGCGUGCAGAAGUACCAGCACGACUUCUAUAACUACGCUGGUCUCGCGCGGUCCGUCUGGCUCUACUCCGUGCCCAAGCAGUAUAUCCAGGACGUUGUCGUCGUCCCAGACGUCAACGGCGACACCGGUGUGCUCAACUACACCGUCAAGACCUCCAACAGCAACAGCACCAGCACCAACACCAACGGGAAAAUCCAAAUCACCAUCACCGACGAAGACGGCAAAAAAGUCGCCUCAGCCUCCGGCACCCAAGGCAUCGCCUCAAUCCCGUCUGUAAAACUCUGGCAACCCGGCGCAGCCUACCUCUACCAAUUCACCGUAAGCCUCACCUCCAGCUCAAACAAGGUACUCGACACAUACACCGUCCCCGUCGGCGUCCGCACAGUCAAAGUAUCCAACAAGCAAUUCCUCAUCAACGACAAACCGUUCUACUUCACCGGCUUCGGCAAGCACGAAGACAGCGCAAUCCGCGGCAAGGGCCACGACCAGGCCUAUCUAGUGCACGACUUCCAACUCCUCAACUGGAUCGGCGCGAACUCGUUCCGGACAAGCCACUACCCAUACGCAGAGGAGGUGAUGGAAUUCGCCGACCGACACGGCAUCGUCAUCAUCGACGAGACCGCAGCCGUGGGUCUGAACCUGCAACUCAUGGCGGGCGAAGAGGGCGGAACCGCGGUGACCUUCAGCCCGGAGGGAAUCAAUAAUAACACGCAAAAGGCACACGCCCAGGCAAUCCGCGAGCUCAUCGCGCGCGACAAGAAUCACCCCAGCGUUGUGAUGUGGAGUCUGAUGAACGAGCCGGCGAGCUUCGAAGACGGGGCCCGCGACUACUUCGAGCCGUUGACGAAACUCGCACGUAGUCUGGAUCCCGCUGGUCGCCCGAUUACAUUUGCGAAUGUCGGUGAUGCUACGUAUGAGAAGGAUAAGAUCUCAGAUCUGUUCGAUGUGCUGUGUCUGAAUCGCUAUUUCGGGUGGUACUACAACACCGGGGACCUCGAGGAAGCCGAAGCCGCACUCCAAGAAGAAGUCGACGGAUGGACGGAGAAAUACCCCGAAAAGCCGAUUAUAUUUUCAGAGUACGGCGCCGAUACGCUCGCCGGGCUGCAUUCGGUGUUUGGAUUGAUGUGGAGCGAGGAGUUCCAGGUCGCGCUUCUGGAUAUGUUCCACCGGGUGUUUGACCGCGUCGAGGCGGUUGUGGGUGAGCAUGUGUGGAAUUUCGCGGAUUUCCAGACCAAUGUCGGUAUUAAUCGCGUGGAUGGGAAUAAGAAGGGCGUGUUUACGAGAGAGAGACAGCCCAAGGCUGCGGCGCAUUCGCUGAAGGCGAGGUGGUCGAAUAUGACUGCUGCUUAG